AUGACAGCUAGAUUGUGGCAACAGGGAACAGGGUACCAGGAGUGGCAGUUUGGAACCCUUAUUCGAAAAAAACAAACUCCUACUACCUGUAAUGCACCCAACCUCCCUCAAUAUCAAGUCAUUAUCCCAAUUUCACAAGUCUUUUGGGAUCCAGUACUUCCACUUCCACCUGCAGUUGAGGACAUACAGCUGUUCCUAAAUCCUCUUGCAACUGAAACUGCGCCUGCAUCAGUAAAAGCUUAUAAAAUUCGUAAUAGUCACAAGACUGUAUUAACAAAACAACUCAAUGAUCUUAAACAAGAACUUGUUAGUCUGAAAGUACAAAAGAUAGCUGGAGGUGCUGCAUCAAAAUUAACAAAGAUUCGAGAAGUUCGCAAAUCCGUUGCAAGAGUAAAUACAGUUAUUUCACAAACACAACGCGCACAAAUUCGACUUUUUUAUAAGGGUAAAAAAUAUAAACCCCUUGAUCUUAGACCAAAGAAAACCCGUGCAAUUCGUAGAAAGUUGACUAAAAAUGAAGCUUCAAAGAAAACUAGACGUGCUCAUAUUAAAGCAAUUCAUUUUCCACAACGUAAAUAUACCAUUAAAGCAUAA